UUUCAGUUCGGCUUCAGUUCUCCGAGUGUUUCGAUGUCACUUUUUUUAAUUAAAUAUAUUAAAUACAUUUGAUUUUUACUCUGGUUAAUUUAUUUACUAAAAAUUAUAUUAUUAUUUAUUUUUUAAUUAUAAUACUUAUGAAUAAUUAUAAUUAAUUUAUUAAUAUUAAAAUAGAUAUAUAUUUUUAUACAAAUAUGAGUGAAAAACGUAAAGAAGUUCGUGUAUGGUGUGAUGGAUGUUAUGACAUGGUACAUUUUGGACAUGCUAAUUCUCUAAGACAAGCUAAAGCUCUUGGUGAUUAUUUAGUUGUUGGAGUACAUACUGAUGAAGAAAUAUCAAAACAUAAAGGGCCACCGGUUUUUACACAAGAGGAAAGGUACAAAAUGGUACGAGGUAUAAAAUGGGUAGAUGAAGUUGUUGAAGGUGCUCCUUACGUCACAACUCUAGAAACAUUAGAUAAAUAUAAUUGUGAUUUUUGUGUACACGGUGAUGACAUUACAAUGACAGCUGACGGAGUUGAUACAUAUCAUCUUGUAAAAGCUGCCGGUCGAUAUAGAGAAGUUCAAAGAACGGCUGGUGUUUCAACAACAGAUUUAGUAGGACGUAUGCUACUGAUGACUAGACAACAUUUCAAACAAGGUGACAGUGAAUACAGUGUAGAUAGAGAACCAAGCGAAAGUAUGGGUCAAGAUAGAUCAGCUCGUAGUCCCUGGACAGGAUGCUCACAAUUUUUACCUACAACUCAAAAAAUAAUUCAAUUCAGCGAUGGAAAGAGUCCACAACCUGGUGAUAAAAUAGUUUAUGUUGCUGGGGCGUUUGAUUUAUUCCACGUUGGGCAUUUAGAUUUUUUGGAAGUUGCUAAACGGGAAGGGGAUUAUUUAAUUGUUGGUUUACACACUGAUCCAGCAGUUAAUCGUUACAAAUGUGGUAAUCAUCCUAUUAUGAAUCUUCAUGAACGAGUUCUCAGUGUAUUAGCUUGCAAGUAUGUCAAUGAAGUCGUUAUUGGUGCGCCUUAUGAAGUGACGAAAGAUUUAAUGGAACACUUUAAUGUUUCCAUUGUUUGUCAUGGUCAAACACCAAUAAUGCCAUGUGAACGUGGUACUGAUCCUUAUACUGAACCUAAAAGACAAAAUAAAUUUAAAUUAUUGGAUAGUAAAAAUGAUAUGACCACCGAGAAAAUCAUUGAAAGAAUUAUUUUACACAGCUCUUGCAUCUCUGAUUGACGCUGAUGCUACGGAAGUGUAAAUUAUUGAUUUGUUUUAAGGUUGGAAUUCGAGGAUAGAAAUUUAAAAAAGGAGAAAAAAGAAAUUGCUGCGCACGAAGCCUUCAUUAAAUCACAAAAAAAGGAAAUAUCUGAUUAAAAA